AUGCAUUCAAACACUCAUUCAAAAACUAUAUCUGAUAUCAAGAUGAUGGAACAAAAAUCUGGUGCAACUCUACCUUAAUAUCUAAGUGCUAGAACAAUUAGACCAUCCCUAUUUUUAAAUGAGGCUGAUUUCCACCUUCCAUUAAUAUCUCCUUAAAAAAGAUAAGUUACUGAUUAUUAAAUAAUAAAAUAAACUCUGCCCAAGAGUGAAGCUGUGAGUCCUGUGUUUAGGAGAACCUAAAUUCAAUAAGAUUCCUAGGAUCAAUUUUUGUUUGUUUAAACAACCAUCAGAAAACUAAAAAAAUAAAAAUUAUACAUCAAAGACAGUCAUCGAUCUCAGUAAUUCUUGCCUCAAAUUGAAGAUCAUAACGAUAGAAAUGUUCAUUAUUCUACACCUAAAAAUAAAAUUUCAACUCUGAGCAGUCUUCCAACUGAUUCUCAAGUUUUACUCUCUCCCAUAUCAAAACAAAGCACUCCUAUUGUAAACAGAGGCACUCCAAUUCAAAUGAUUGAUGAUAGAAAUUCCAAAGAAUUCGAUUUAACACAACCAACUCAUCAAUCGUCACUUCCUGAACAAUCUAGUUCAUCAAGUAAUCAGCAUUAACCACCACAUCAUAAAAAAACAGUCUCCUUUCGUCAGUCCAUAUUUGUAAUUGAUAUGAACAAUGGUCAAGUUACCAAAGAUUAGUUAUCAGAAAAUUCGAAACCAUUAUAGCAUAUUUCAAAACCAGAAAUUAAGGAAGAGUAGCAUGAUGAGGAUAAAAGAAUAAAAUUUCGAAGAACAAGAAAUUUUCAUUUGAGUGACAAAUUGGUCUGA